GAUGGCGCGGCGCAGACGGAAUACACGGUCGUAGGCGGCCUGGGGCUGCAGGCGCUUGAGGGCGGUCUGGACGACGUUGUUCUCCUCGGGGAGGAUAUCAUCGGCCCUGCGAGGCGGUGCGCGUCAGCUCAUUGCUCCAAGACAUGGUGCAUCCUCGACAGCCUGUCGCAGUCUUCCACAGCAGAAUGGCGACCAGACUCGUCCUCCAGGGCGCCGUACCUCAGGCCGAGCUGCCUGUAGCCGGCGGCAUUGCAGUACCAGUUGGAGAGCGGCUUGACCCAGCGCUGGAGCCACGGGCGCUUCAGGAUGUAGGGGGCGAGCGAGGGGGCAGACAUGGUUGCGGGGGGUCGACGGCGUUUGCUCGGUCGGAGAGUGGUGAGGUCGUCUCGGCCAGUCAGGCAAAACGACUGCAAGCGAAUUGGUCGGCCUGGCCAGAGGGGACGGCCUGUAUGCCCUCACACCCACCCUCACCUGCCGCCGGCCCUGAGAAUGGCCCUGACCGCGCCGUGACUCCAGCCUCCACCAUGUCGACACACACCCCCGCGCCGUCGGCGACUGCAGCCUCCGAGGGUUAUGCGCCGCGCCAGGACCCGCCAGCUCCGAAUGGCAGUCGCGCCUGGAGCCCCCUCGCCGUGAAAAUCUCCAAGCUGCCCGACGGCCCCGUCAACGCCCUGUGCGGGGCCACCGCCGGCGUUGCCUCGGGCAUUGUGACGUGCCCGCUCGAUGUCAUCAAGACGCGCCUGCAGGCCCAGGGCUCCUUCCGCCCGCGCACCUACACGGGGCCCACGCGCGCCGUCUACAAGGGCCUCACGGGGACUGCACAGGUGAUAUGGACCCAGGACGGUGUUCGCGGCCUGUACAGAGGGCUCGGCCCAAUGCUGCUCGGCUAUAUCCCCACGUGGGCCGUCUACAUGAGCACCUACGAGUCGACGAGGGACUAUCUGUCCACCAAAAUGGCUGCGCCAACAGAAAACAAGUGGCUCGCACGCACGCUCGCCUCGGUCGCCGCUGGGGGCUGCUCGACGCUCGUCACCAACCCCAUAUGGGUCGUCAAGACCAGGUUGAUGGCCCAAGUGAGCGCGCGCGCCGCAGAGGAAAGCCGCCCGCCAUGGCACUACAAAAACACCUUCGACGCCUUCCACAAGAUGUACACCAAAGAAGGCAUCGGCUCCUUCUACUCUGGUCUUGCCCCUGCCCUGUUGGGCCUCACCCACGUCGCCAUCCAGUUUCCACUGUACGAAUUUCUCAAGAUGAAGUUCACCGGCUUGGAAAUGGGCAAGGCGGAUGCGACUUCAGAAGACGUCCACUGGCCCGGCAUCAUGGCCGCAACCUUCAUAAGUAAAAUCGUUGCAACCUCAGCUACGUAUCCCCACGAAGUCCUACGCACCAGGUUACAGACGCAACAACGAGAACUUCCCACCAAUUCACACGACCACGUAUCGUUCCGCGGUGGACGGCACGGUAUAGGCCACCAGACGCGUCCCCCCGGCACAUCAUCGUCCGACGGCAUGGUCAAUAUGCCCCGCUACCGUGGCGUCGUCAAAACCUUCACCGUCAUUCUCCGCGAAGAGGGCUGGAGAGCCUUCUACAACGGCAUGGGCACCAAUAUGGUCCGAGCCGUCCCCGCCGCCAUCACAACAAUGAUGACGUUUGAGUCGCUCAAGCUCGUCCACCAGAGGCUGAAGAACGAAGGAAAGAGAAUGAAAGACCAAGACUCGUGA